AUGAGAGCUUGUUAUCUCCAAUUUCUGCUUCUUCUACUUGCAGUCAUAUCAUGCAAGGCAACAAAACUUGGAUUUAGUUUGGAUUUGAGCGAUUCUAAAGUCAGAUGCAUAGAGGAAGAACGACAAGCACUCCUCCAAUUCAAACAACACUUUGUUGAUCCUUCCAAUUGGCUGUCUUCUUGGAACAGUGAUCAUGAGGAUUGUUGUAAGUGGGAAGGAAUUCAAUGCAGCAACCGAACAGGUCAUGUUGUUACGCUUGAUCUCCGGGCAGAUUGGUCUGCUAAACCACUACCUAAAUAUGUAGAAGGUGAGAUAAGCUCUUCAUUGCUUGGAUUGCAAUAUUUGACAUACCUCGACUUAAGUUCCAAUAGAUUUUCCGGAAGAGCCUUCCCAAAUUUUGUUGGCUCACUCACUAAAUUACAAUAUCUCGAUCUUUCAUAUACUCAUAUAGUCGGAACCAUUCCACAACAAAUAGGAAAUCUCUCGGGAUUAAUUUAUCUUGAUCUCAGCUGGAAUUUUGAUCUGAUUGAGGCACAUAAUCUUGAUUGGUUAAUUCAUCUUUCAUCUCUGACACACUUGGGCAUGACUUCGGUCAACCUCAGCCAGGUACUCAAUUGGCCCAAUAAGGUUAUGAUGCUCCCUUCUUUGAUAUACUUGAGUCUAAGUGAUUGCAGUCUCUCCACAAUGACUCCUCAGUUGCUUUCCAAUGCUAAUUCAUCAUCUCAACUUCUAUUGCUGGAUCUCUCCCGCAAUCAUCUCAAUUGCUCCAUAAUUCAUUGGUUGUUCAACUCCACUACAAGCCUUGUUGAUCUUAGCCUCAGUGGUAAUUUGUUACAAUGCUCCAUUCCGGAAGCUUUUGGUGGCAUAAAUUCUCUUCAAAGACUAGAGCUCGAGGGAAAUCAACUUGUUGGUGGCAUUCCAAAAUCUUUUGGGAAUUUAUGUGCCUUAAGUUCAUUGUACCUUUCGGAAAACAAUCUCAGUGGAAGUCUUUACGAAUUUAUGAGUAAUGUGUCAAGUUGCUUGGUGGACUCCUUGCAGUAUUUUGAAAUAGGCUCAAAUAGAUUCAUGGGGCCAUUGCCAGAGAGUAUAGGUAACUUCUCCAAUCUGAAGGCUUUAGGAUUAGGUGGGAAUAAUCUCACAGGGCCAUUGCCUGAGAGUUAUGGUAGCUUCUCCAAUCUUGAGGCUUUAGGAUUAGGCGGGAAUAAUUUCACAGGGCCAUUGCCUGAGAGUUAUGGUAACUUAUCCAAUCUAGAGAUGUUGGAUGUUGCUGGGAAUUCCCUCUCGGGGGUGAUCUCUGAAGCCCAUUUUUCAAAUCUCUUCAAACUGAAACAUUUAGUUUUAGGAUUGAACUCUUUGAUUUUGAAGUUCAGCUACGAUUGGGUUCCACCAUUCCAACUGCGUGUUAUUCAUUUGAGUUCUUGCAGAUUGGGAUUAGCUUUCCCAAAGUGGCUUCAAAGUCAAAAAAAUUAUGCUAUACUUGAGAUUUCUAAUGCUGGAAUUUCUGACAUGAUCCCAGCUUGGUUUUGGGACUUCCCUGUCGGGUUAAUCUCUUUAGAUAUGUCAAACAACCAGUUGCAUGGGAACUUGCCAGACUUGUCAUCAUCCAGACUUGGUUAUUAUGCUACUAUAGAUUUAAGCUCGAACCAAUUUAACGGUUCAAUUCCAUCUUUUCCAUCGAAUGUGGCAUCACUUGGCCUAUCAAAUAAUAGUUUUUCGGGUAACAUUUCCUUUAUAUGUGAAUUCACAUAUCAAUCCUUGUUCCUUUUAGACCUAUCAAACAAUAAACUAUCGGGAGAGCUUCCAGAUUGCUGGAUGCAUAUGCAUGAUUUAAUGACUCUUAAUCUGGCCAACAACAAUUUCUAUGGGAAAAUAUCACACUCAAUGGGCUCCCUAGUCUUUCUUGAAUUUUUACAUUUGAGCAACAAUAGUUUUGUCGGAAAGCUACCAUUGUCCCUUCAGAAUUGCAGUUACUUGACAACCAUUGACGUGGGUGAAAAUAAAUUGUCGGGAAUGGUACCUUCAUGGAUAGGCGAUAGUUUGCCUCGGUUGAUUAUUCUUAGCCUACGAUCAAAUGGAUUUUAUGGAAGUUUUCCUUUAAACCUAUGUCAGCUUUCAAAAAUUCAACUCUUGGAUCUUUCUUUAAACAAGAUCGGGGGAACUAUUCCACAGUGCAUCAAAAAUUUGACAUCAAUGUCUCAGAAACAGAGCACAAGUCACACUGGUAUUUAUUCUGUCCAGAAAGCUUAUGCAGACCAUGCACCAUUUGUAUGGAAAGGAAGGAUGUCUGUGUUCGAGAAUUCAUUGGGACUUGUAAAGAUUAUUGAUCUAUCAAGUAAUAAAUUACAUGGAGAAGUUCCUGAAGGAUUUACGAGUCUCAAAGAGUUAAUUUCCUUGAAUUUAUCAAGAAACAACUUCACUGGAUCAAUAACAUUGAAGAUAGGUCUACUUCAAAAUUUACAAUCUCUUGAUUUAUCUAGAAAUCAACUUCGUGGUGAAAUCCCAACGAGCAUUUCCGACAUAAGUUUUCUUAGUUAUUUGGACUUGUCCAAUAACAAUUUAUCUGGCAAAAUUCCAACUGGAACUCAACUUCAGAGACUCAAUGCUUCUGCCUUUAUGGGGAAUCCUGAAUUAUGUGGUUCUCCACUUCCAAACAAGUGUCCUCCACUUCCAAACAAGUGUCCUGAAGAUCUUUAUCCAGUUUACAAUGACACUAGAACCCGCAGGAAUGUUAACAUUCAGGCAAAUGAUGAUGAUGGGCUUAUAACUCGAGGAUUUUAUGUCGCCGCAGCCAUUGGGUUUAUUGUAGGAUUCUGGGGAGUGUGUUGCUCUUUAUUGCUCAACCUACGGUACAUAACGAUGCGUCUCACUUCCAAUGCUCGGAUGAUGUUGAGAUAA